AUGUCGUCUCCUUUUAUCCCUAGGCAGGGGGAGUUUGGAGCCUCAGAGGACGAUGGGCUCGAUGCUGAUUAUAGCUUGGUCGCGGAGUAUCCCGAGGAGGUCGACUACUACGCCUUGCUCGGCCUAUCGCGAACACCUCGCCCGACCGACACGGACAUUCGCUCUGCCUACCGCAACCUAACACUCAGUUUCCACCCGGACAAACAACCUCCGCACCUACGCGAAGCCGCCGAGCACCACUUCACCCAGAUCCAAGAUGCCUACACGACCCUCAUCGACCCGAAGAAGCGCGAAGUCUAUGAUCUGCUGGGUGCAGAGGGUGUGCGACAGGAAUGGGCCCGUGGUGGUGCCAUGGGGAUUGGAGGAGAGGCGCACCAACAGCAGGUCGGGGUCAAGACUAUGUCGGCGGACCAAUUUCGGCGCUGGUUCUUGAAGACGAUGAAAGCGCGGGAAAGGAAGGCUGUGGAUAGCAUGGUGUUGAGUCGGGGCCACAUUACCUUGGGGAUCAAUGCAUCCAACACAAUAAGUGUGGAUGCAGAGGACAAUGAUGUGACAUUUCACCUACCUUCGCCCCGGCUCUCCUCCUAUGCCCUGAACUACAACUUCAAGGCACCGAUCCAUGUGCCCAAUCUCUGGAGUCACCAAGAAGAGCAGCCUGAAGACGAAGAUUCGGCUCCUGGAAGCCACGGGGCAGAGGAGCCCGAGCCCCUAGAUGUGACAAUACAGACUGGCAUUGCCGGCGUGCUUAAAUGUCCUACUCAAAAGUUCACACUCACUCAUGAAGAUGACUCUGAGGAAGAACGGAUAGUUCCUCUACCACUGGCCCUUGUGGCCAAAGACCUUGUAGUUGGUGCCUCCGCCAGCCAGUCUUUGACAAGCACCACAGGAAUAUGGGGUCGACGUCCCUUCUCCGUCCUAAAUGGCUCUACUGUUACAGCGACUGCCCUCCUACUUCCGGUGCCAACCUUCCAAACCAGUGUGCAGAGAGCCUUUCAACCAAUAUCUGGCAUCAAUCCCUUCAAUGUUAAUGUGACGAGUACAUUCACACGGUCUUUAUUGGAAACGCCGCCUUCGCUUCAGGUGCAUGCUACUAAACAGGUUGCUGAAACGAAGAUUGCCUUCUGCACCUGGUCCAGUGGCAUGUUAACCUGGCCAGAGGCCAUUAUGCGCCUCCCUUUUAUCAACCUGAGUUUCGACUCCAUCAUCAGAGGCACUAGUGAAACGGACAGCUUGCAAAUUGGACUGAUGUCCUUUUCAAAGCCCGACAGGCGGACAGCAAGCGCCGCAGACGACGAGGAAGAACAGGACGAGGAGCUGCAGGAACUUUCGAAAAAGCAAGAUGAGCUAGACCGUGCUGCAGAAUCCUGGCAGGCUGUGAUUCAGGCCUCUCCCGGAGGCGGUGCUCUGUCUCUGACCUAUUCACGAAACUUAUUUUCUGGCAAACCGGCCGAUGACCCUGUCAGAGCGGAGUGGAGCUCAGAGGGCUACCAUCCCAUCCCAAACACAGAUCAACCCCGCGCGGUGCGACUGGAAGUCUCCGGCGCCAUCGACCUCGGCCUUUCUCUGGCAUGGAAUGUUAUGGGCGUCAGACAGAUCGGCAAAUUUACCCGAAUGGGACUCGGAAUCGGUAUAGCCGAACAGGGUAUCGUGAUGAACGUGUCCUGGAGACGGCUUGGCCAACGCAUCACAGUCCCCAUUACCUUAUGUCCUGUACAAGAAGCAAGCCAGGACGCCGCAGUGCUAGCUACCAUCUUCCCCUGGCUGGCAUACUGUGCCAUCGAAUUUGGCUAUAUUCGCCCGCGCAAUAGGAAGAGGCGUCGGCAGGCGGCAGCUCGCCGGCACAAUGAGCUGAAGAAACUCAUACCCAAGAAGCGGGAGGAGAGUCAGCAGGCCAUCGAGCUCAUUUUCGAUCAAGUGCAGAAAAGGCAGGCUCGGGAGCAGGCGCAAGAUGGGCUGGUUAUCACGAAAGCCGAGUACGGUUACGUUCCUCCGACAAAUAAGAAACCCAAGAACGGAUUUGCCGAGCCUAGGGUCAUCGACGUGACUGUACCGGUGGCUGGACUGGUAGAACGGGGCCAGCUGAUCAUUUCCCAAGAUACCGUCAAGGUAAGUCGAAAAUGA